AAUUGAGUACCUCCCUGUUUUCUUUUAUUUAGUGAACUAUCAACAAAGAGUCGUCUGCAGAAAUAGAAAUCAGCAGACAUGUUCCCAAACAAUCCAGGUCACCUCUCUGGUUUUAACAUUUCGGACCUGGAGGAUCUUGCGGGUCAGGACGGGGGCUGCAAGCCUGAAGGUGGGUAUGGAAGAGAUGGUGGCCAUAAGGAAGGUAAACCUGAUAAAGAUGAUCUCCAUGGUGGACGCCAGCAUGGAGAUGAUCGCCACGGAGAUGAUCGCCACGGAGAUGAUCGCUGCAGAGAUGAUAAGAAGGACAGAUAUGGGGAAUCCAGCCCUGACCGCCAUGGAGGGGAUGACAAAGACCGCCAAAGGAGACGCAGCCGUGACCGUGAUCGUGGCAAGGACAGACACAGUCCUGACCGCCAUGGAGACCAUGACCAUGAUCAUAGCCCUCGUCGUCAUGGAAGCCGUGAUCGUGGCAAAGACAGACACAGUCCUGACCGCCAUGGAGGGGAUGACAAAGACCGCCAAAGAAGAUGCAGCCCCGACCGUGAUCGUGGCAAAGACAGACGCAGUCCUGACCGCCAUGGAGACCAUGACCAUGAUCAUAGCCCUCGUCGUCACGGAAGCCGUGAUCGUGUUGGUAGUAGUGGGAGUGGCUCUGGCAGUAGCAGCGAGGAUGAUGGUCAUGGUGGUCGUCGUAAGAAGCAUGGACGAAAACACAGACAUGGCAACAAGCAUAAGCACGGACAUGAAGGUCGUGGUCGUGGUUGUGGUCAUGGAAGAGGACGCUGGUAGAAAGGCAACAAACACACUGGAUACCAUACCUGCCCUUCAUUCAUUCACAGAUUCAGUUCAUGAUCGCAAAUUACCACGUACUCAGAAAUGUUCAGUUGUAAGUGCAGUAUCUGUAUUUUCUUUUCCCAGUGGAGCAAUGAAUAAUAUUUUUCAUUGUGAAGGAGGCUGACAUAGUGCCUGCUUCUUCUACAAGUCAAGCUACUCGAGAACAUGAAUUAGACAAAUGUGUUUUCUCUCAAAUAAAAUACUCUUAACACGGAA